GUUAGGUCGGCGUAACGUGCGCGCGCGCCUUUUGAAUCGUUAACGACGGGCGAAACUUUCGGUGCCUUAUUCAGUCCACGACUGUCUUUCUACCAGGGCAGACGACAGGACGGCUAUGGUCCAGUUCUGACUUUUUUACGAAAAUAUUUUUUUUCGACCAGAGUUUAUAUCGCACACUUGUGAAACUUUUUGCUUUGUGUUGUUUUUUUUUGCGUGCUAUAUUUGUUGGUGAACUUUCUUUGCGUGUGCUGACUGUGUGUUGUGGUGAAGGAUCUAUACAUCCUAAGUGGGAAAUUUAUCUGGGAACUCAAAAAUGUGGCCACCGAGAUUGAUACGGUGGAGUGUCGCCAUCGUACUCAUCAUAGCAGUGAUAGCACCAUCAUCAGACUCCGCCACAAAUGUAAGAAGAAGACUAAGGAAGCCGUCCAAAGUCACUUCGGUGACGACCAGCGUGUCCAAGUCUACAGACCAAGUACUCUCAGCCAGUGUGAACAGGCCCAAGAUCCGAGGUCGGCCGAGCAUUGCCAGCAGAAAGUCCUCUGCUGCUUUGGACAACUCAGUUGGGACUGACGAACAUAAAAACAAGGAUGGAUACAAGGUGGUCUGUUACUACACCAACUGGUCCCAAUACAGAACCAAGAUCGGCAAAUUCAUGCCCGAGGACAUUCAGCCGGACCUCUGCACCCACAUCAUAUUCGCCUUCGGUUGGCUGAAGAAGGGCAAGCUCAGCUCCUUCGAGUCAAACGAUGAGACCAAGGACGGAAAGACUGGGUUGUACGACAGAAUAAACAGUCUGAAGAAGGCCAAUCCUAAGUUGAAGACUUUGUUAGCUAUUGGUGGUUGGUCGUUCGGCACCCAAAAGUUUAAGGAGAUGUCUGCUUCCCGUUACGCGAGACAAACGUUUAUAUACUCCGCCAUCCCGUACCUGAGGGACAGGAGCUUCGAUGGCCUGGAUGUGGACUGGGAAUACCCUAAAGGUGGCGACGACAAGAAGAACUACGUGCUGCUGCUCAAAGAACUGAGGGAAGCCUUCGAAGCGGAAGCACAGGAAGUGAAGAAGCCACGACUUCUGCUGACGGCUGCUGUGCCAGUCGGCCCUGACAACAUCAAGAGUGGUUACGAUGUACCAGCAGUGGCGGGUUACCUGGACUUCAUCAAUUUGAUGGCGUACGAUUUCCAUGGUAAAUGGGAACGCGAGACCGGCCACAAUGCACCACUGUACGCACCAUCAUCGGACUCUGAGUGGAGGAAACAACUGUCUGUGGACCACGCAGCCCACCUGUGGGUCAAAUUGGGAGCUCCCAAGGAUAAACUCAUAAUUGGUAUGCCGACCUACGGACGCACCUUCACCCUGUCGAAUCCCAACAACUUCAAAGUGAAUUCGCCGGCCAGCGGGGGCGGCAAGGCGGGAGAAUACACAAAGGAGUCCGGAUUUCUAGCUUAUUACGAAGUAUGUGAAAUACUGCGCAACGGUGGGACGUACGUUUGGGAUGACGAAAUGAAGGUUCCGUACGCCAUCCAGGGAGAUCAGUGGGUUGGCUUCGAUGACGAAAAGUCGAUCAGAAACAAAAUGAGGUGGAUCAAAGACAAUGGCUUCGGUGGUGCUAUGGUCUGGACUGUCGACAUGGAUGACUUCAGCGGCGACGUGUGCGGUAACAACGUCAAAUACCCGCUCAUCGGUGCCAUGAGGGAGGAACUCCGAGGCAUAUCCCGUGGUAAAGACGCCAAGGACGUUGACUGGUCUGAAGUAGCAUCUAGCGUGGUUGUGGAAGUGACUGAGAAGCCAGAGCCCAUCAAGAUCAGCCUCUCCGAUGUUCUGACAAGGGUCAAGAAACCACACAAGAGUCACAUUAUUAAGAACAACAACGCUUUGGCCGUGGUCGAUAAAAACAAGCGCGAUCCUCAAGUGCUUUGCUACCUCACAUCCUGGUCCUCCAAAAGACCCAGUGCCGGUCGCUUCACCCCAGAGAACGUUGAUCCCACCCUCUGUACUCACGUCAUCUACGCUUUCGCCACGCUCAAGGAUCAUAAACUCGCUGAAGGCGAUGAGAAAGACGCUGACAUGUACGAUAAGGUCGUGGCUUUAAGAGAAAAGAACCCGAAUUUGAAGAUUCUUCUAGCUAUCGGUGGAUGGGCCUUCGGCUCAACCCCCUUCAAGGAGCUGACCUCCAACGUGUUCCGCAUGAACCAGUUCGUUUACGAGGCGAUCGAGUUCCUCAGGGACUAUCAGUUCAACGGUCUCGACGUCGACUGGGAAUACCCGAGAGGAGCUGACGACCGCGCAGCCUUCGUGUCUUUACUCAAAGAACUGCGACUUGCCUUCGAAGGUGAAGCCAAAACUUCUGGACAGCCCAGACUACUGCUCACAGCUGCUGUACCCGCAUCAUUUGAAGCCAUCGCCGCUGGAUAUGACGUUCCAGAAAUCUCGAAAUAUUUGGACUUUAUAAACGUUAUGACUUACGAUUUCCACGGCCAAUGGGAGAGACAAGUUGGACACAACAGCCCUCUGUUCCCUCUUGAGAGCGCAACCAGUUACCAGAAGAAACUCACGGUGGACUAUUCGGCUCGUGAGUGGGUGCGCCAGGGUGCUCCUAAGGAAAAACUGAUGAUUGGUAUGCCGACCUACGGUAGAUCAUUCACUCUUAUCAACGACACUCAAUUCGAUAUUGGAGCCCCUGCUUCUGGCGGCGGUCAAGCAGGCCGUUACACGAACGAAGCUGGCUUCAUGUCAUACUACGAAAUUUGUGAAUUCCUGCGGGAAGAUAACACGACUCUGGUAUGGGACAACGAACAGAUGGUGCCUUUCGCGUACAGAGAAGAUCAAUGGGUCGGCUUUGAUGACGAGAGAUCACUAAAGACUAAGAUGGCUUGGUUAAAGGAAGAAGGUUUUGGUGGUAUAAUGGUUUGGUCUAUCGACAUGGACGAUUUCCGCGGAUCAUGUGGUACCGGAAAGUAUCCACUAAUUACGGCAAUGAAGCAAGAACUGUCCAGCUACAAAGUCAAGCUCGAAUACGACGGUCCUUAUGAGUCAUCUCACCCGAACAGCGGACAGUACACUACAAAAGAUCCUAACGAGGUUACCUGUGAAGAAGAAGAUGGCCACAUUUCCUACCACAAAGACAAAGCCGACUGCACCAUGUACUAUAUGUGCGAAGGCGAAAGGAAACAUCACAUGCCAUGCCCUCAGAACCUCGUCUUUAAUCCCAACGAAAACGUUUGCGAUUGGCCAGAAAAUGUAGAAGGCUGCCAACACCACACUCAAGCGCCUGCGGCUAAACGAUAGACUUAAAUAUUGAUUAUUAACAAAUAGGAAUCAGUAAUUAUCUAUCCAUGUUUACUCUACUUUCGUAAAUUAAAGAACAAAAUAAUUUUAUUUCUACUGAAAUUUAAUUAGAAUUAUGUCAAGAAACAGAUUAUGCUCAUAAUUAAAAAUGGUAUACAUUUAAAAACAUGAGCGUUCAGACUAUCGUUUAUAUCUAGAUGACAUGUUAAUUUGUAACACGUGUGCGUGUGUGGAUAUUGCUUUUUGAUUGUUGGCGCAUUAAAUUAAUAUUUAAUCAUCAAAUUGUUGGAGAUAUCGAAAUAUUGGUAAGUGUCUAACUCUGGAACACCAAUAUUUGAAGAAAAGAUAUUUAGAAAGAAACCUCUUGAACUGGACACGUUUAUUUAUUGGCUUCGGUUUGUCUCGGUUUACGGACGGGGUUCGUGUGAUAUAAAUGUAAAUUUACUUAAACUUACUACACAGUAGAUAUAUAUUAUAUUAUCUAUUGUUAAAUUAUAUUUUAGUGAAUUAUAAUUAUGUCUCCUAAAGUUACACAAUAUAUUUUGGAAAAUGAUACCUGUAAAGAUGGUUACGUCGAAUUAAAUUAUAUUUUAUAAAAAUAUUAACAAAACCAAGAAUGUGUUCAAAUUGUUUCCUUAUUAUACUAAACCAAACUUGUAAAUUGGUUUGUAAACAUCAUCAAAAUAAUGCUUUAUAGGUUUUAAAUCUUCACGCGUGGUAUUGUGUAUCCUUAGGACUAUUUUUAGGUUUAGUGUUUCAUAGUUCUUAAGUAGUACUGUAAAGCUUUUUUUUAUUUUAAUACUCAAAAAUAAACUAAAACACAGCCUUUUACACUGCCACAGUGACAAAAAUAAUAAUGUGACAUUACAUUGUAAUUGAUUUAUUUUAAGUUUGUAAAUAUUGUAUUUAGAUACAAAAGAUGUAAGAGUAUUAUUAAAUAUUUUUCUAAAGAUUAUUUUUUCUUUUAUAUUUCCAUUCAAUUUUAAAUAUGAAACAU